AUGGCGCGGGCCAAACUGCCUCGCUCGCCGUCCGAGGGCAAGGCGGGUCCGGGGGACACCCCAGCCGGCGCUGCAGCCCCUGAAGAGCCGCAUGGGCUCAGCCCUCUGCUGCCUGCCCGCGGUGGGGGCUCCGUAGGCAGCGACGUGGGCCAGAGGGUUCAUGUGGAAGAUUUCAGCCUGGACUCUUCCCUCUCUCAGGUCCAGGUGGAAUUCUAUGUCAAUGAGAACACCUGCAAAGAGAGGCUCAAGCUGUUCUUCAUCAAAAACCAAAGAUCCAGCCUGAGGAUCCGGCUGUUCAACUUCUCCCUCAAGCUCCUCACCUGCCUGCUGUAUAUCGUCCGUGUCCUGCUUGACAAUCCAGACCAGGGCAUCGGAUGUUGGGGCUGCACGAAGUAUAACUACACUUUCAAUGGCUCAUCCUCCGAGUUCCACUGGGCUCCCAUCCUGUGGGUGGAGAGGAAGAUGGCUCUGUGGGUGAUCCAGGUCAUUGUGGCCACAAUAAGCUUCUUAGAGACCAUGCUCCUCAUUUACCUCAGCUACAAAGGCAACAUCUGGGAGCAGAUCUUCCAUGUUUCUUUCGUCCUGGAGAUGAUCAACACGCUGCCCUUCAUCAUCACGGUCUUCUGGCCACCUCUUCGGAACCUGUUCAUCCCCGUGUUUCUCAACUGCUGGCUGGCCAAGCAUGCGCUGGAGAACAUGAUUAAUGACUUCCACCGUGCCAUCCUGCGCACACAGUCAGCCAUGUUCAACCAGGUGCUCAUCCUCUUCUGUACCCUGCUGUGCCUCGUUUUCACGGGGACCUGUGGGAUCCAGCACUUGGAGCGGGCCGGUGGGAACUUGAACCUGCUGACCUCCUUCUACUUCUGCAUCGUCACUUUCUCGACUGUGGGCUUUGGCGAUGUGACACCCAAGAUCUGGCCAUCCCAGCUCCUGGUGGUCAUCCUGAUCUGCGUGACCCUUGUGGUGCUCCCACUGCAGUUUGAAGAGCUUGUCUACCUCUGGAUGGAGCGACAGAAGUCAGGGGGCAACUACAGCCGCCACCGAGCACAGACAGAAAAGCACGUGGUCCUGUGUGUGAGCUCCCUCAAGAUUGACCUCCUCAUGGAUUUCCUGAAUGAGUUCUAUGCCCACCCCCGGCUCCAGGACUACUACGUGGUCAUCCUGUGUCCCUCCGAAAUGGAUAUCCAGGUGCGCAGGGUAUUGCAGAUCCCCCUGUGGUCCCAGCGGGUCAUCUACCUCCAGGGCUCUGCCCUCAAGGACCAGGACCUCAUGCGAGCCAAGAUGGACAACGGAGAGGCCUGCUUUAUCCUCAGCAGCAGGAAUGAGGUGGACCGCACAGCUGCGGAUCACCAGACCAUCCUUCGAGCCUGGGCUGUGAAGGACUUUGCUCCCAACUGUCCCCUCUACGUCCAGAUCCUCAAGCCCGAAAACAAGUUUCAUGUCAAAUUUGCUGACCACGUGGUAUGCGAGGAGGAGUGCAAGUACGCCAUGCUGGCCCUGAACUGCAUCUGCCCGGCCACCUCCACCCUCAUCACCCUGCUGGUGCACACGUCCCGUGGCCAGGAAGGACAAGAGUCUCCAGAGCAAUGGCAGCGCAUGUAUGGGCGCUGCUCAGGCAACGAGGUGUACCACAUUCGCAUGGGUGACAGCAAAUUCUUCCGAGAAUAUGAGGGCAAGAGCUUCACCUAUGCAGCCUUCCACGCACACAAGAAGUAUGGCGUGUGCCUCAUUGGGCUGAAGCGUGAGGAGGACAAGAGCAUCCUGCUGAACCCGGGGCCACGGCACAUCCUGGCCGCCUCCGACACCUGCUUCUACAUCAACAUCACCAAGGAGGAGAACUCAGCCUUCAUCUUCAAGCAGGAGGAGAAGCAGAAGAGGCGGGGUCUUGCAGGGCAGGCACUGUACGAGGGGCCAUCCCGGCUGCCCGUGCACAGCAUCAUUGCCUCUAUGGGGACAGUGGCCAUGGACCUGCAGAAUACAGAUUGCCGGCCCUCCCAGGGUGGCAGCGGUGGGGGCAGCGGUGGCGGCGGCGGCAAGCUGACUCUGCCCACGGAGAAUGGCUCUAGUAGUCGGCGCCCCAGCAUUGCACCUGUUCUGGAGCUGGCAGACAGCUCAGCGCUGUUGCCCUGUGACCUGCUGAGUGACCAGUCAGAGGAUGAGGUGACGCCCUCAGACGACGAGGGGCUCUCUGUGGUUGAGUAUGUGAAGGGCUACCCACCCAACUCACCCUACAUUGGCAGCUCCCCGACCUUAUGCCACCUCCUGCCUGUAAAAGCCCCCUUCUGCUGCCUCCGGCUAGACAAGGGAUGCAAACACAACAGCUAUGAAGAUGCCAAAGCCUAUGGGUUCAAGAACAAGCUGAUUAUCGUCUCUGCUGAGACAGCAGGCAAUGGGCUCUACAACUUCAUCGUACCUCUGCGCGCCUACUAUCGGUCCCGCCGGGAACUCAACCCCAUCGUGCUGCUUCUGGACAACAAGCCUGACCACCACUUCCUGGAGGCCAUCUGCUGCUUCCCCAUGGUCUACUACAUGGAGGGCUCUGUGGACAACCUGGACAGCCUGUUGCAGUGUGGCAUCAUCUAUGCUGACAACCUGGUGGUGGUGGACAAGGAAAGCACCAUGAGUGCUGAAGAGGACUACAUGGCAGAUGCCAAGACCAUUGUCAAUGUGCAGACCAUGUUUCGGCUCUUCCCCAGCCUCAGCAUCACCACAGAGCUCACACACCCUUCCAACAUGCGGUUCAUGCAGUUCCGUGCCAAGGACAGCUACUCUCUGGCUCUUUCCAAACUGGAAAAGCAAGAACGGGAGAAUGGCUCCAACCUGGCCUUCAUGUUCCGCCUGCCGUUUGCUGCUGGCCGAGUGUUUAGUAUCAGCAUGUUGGAUACACUGCUCUACCAGUCCUUCGUGAAGGACUACAUGAUCACCAUCACCAGGCUGCUGUUGGGCCUUGACACCACACCAGGCUCCGGCUACCUCUGUGCCAUGAAGGUAACCGAGGAUGACCUGUGGAUCCGUACUUAUGGCCGCCUCUUCCAGAAACUCUGCUCCUCCAGUGCUGAGAUCCCCAUUGGCAUCUACAGGACCGAGUGCCAUGUCUUCUCCUCUGAGCCCCAUGACCUCAGAGCCCAGUCCCAGAUCUCGGUGAACAUGGAGGAUUGCGAGGACACUCGGGAGGCCAAGGGACCCUGGGGCACACGGGCUGCCUCUGGCAGUGGCAGCACCCAUGGCCGACACGGGGGCAGUGCUGACCCAGUGGAGCACCCGCUACUGCGCCGAAAGAGCCUGCAGUGGGCCCGCAAACUGAGUCGCAAGAGCAGCAAGCAGGCUGGGAAGGCACCUGCAGCCACAGAGUGGAUCACCCAGCAGCGGCUCAGCCUCUACCGGCGCUCAGAGCGCCAGGAGCUCUCGGAGCUGGUCAAGAACCGAAUGAAGCACCUGGGACUGCCCACCACUGGCUACGAGGACGUAGCAAAUUUAACAGCCAGUGAUGUGAUGAAUCGGGUAAACCUGGGAUAUUUGCAAGACGAGAUGAAUGACCAUCACCAGAACACCCUUUCCUAUGUACUCAUCAACCCCCCACCAGACACGAGGCUGGAGCCCAAUGACAUUGUGUACCUCAUUCGCUCUGACCCCCUGGCCCAUGUAAGCAGCAGCUCCCAGAGUCGGAAGAACAGCUGCAACAACAAGCUCUCAUCCUGUAAUCCUGAGACCCGUGAUGAGACACAGCUCUGA